AUGGGUAUUUCUCGUGACUCAAUCCACAAGAGGCGUGCCACUGGAGGCAAGCAGAAGCAAUGGAGGAAGAAGCGAAAGUACGAGAUGGGAAGGCAGCCAGCCAACACCAAGUUGUCCAGCAACAAGACGGUCAGAAGAAUCCGUGUCCGUGGAGGCAACGUCAAGUGGCGUGCGUUGAGGCUCGACACUGGUAACUACUCCUGGGGAAGUGAAGCUGUUACCCGCAAGACCAGAGUCCUCGAUGUGGUCUACAACGCCUCCAACAACGAGCUUGUCCGUACAAAGACACUUGUGAAGAGCGCCAUUGUUCAGGUUGAUGCUGCUCCUUUCAAGCAGUGGUAUCUGCAGCACUAUGGUGUUGAGGUUGGUCGCAAGAAGAAGAGCGCUGCUUCUAUUGCCGCCAAGAAGGAAGGAGAGGAUGGUGAAGAAGCUGCACCAGCUGCUGCUGCUCCUGAGGAAGUGAAGAAGAGCAACCAUGUGCAGAGAAAGAUUGAGAGCCGUCAAGAAGGUCGCACUCUUGAUUCCCACAUUGAGGACCAGUUUGCUAGUGGAAGGUUGUUGGCUUGCAUCUCUUCAAGGCCUGGCCAAUGCGGACGUGCUGAUGGAUACAUUCUUGAAGGCAAAGAGCUAGAAUUCUACCAGAAGAAGAUUCAGAAGAAGAAGGGCAAGGGUGCCGCUUAAAGCUUGUUGUUUGCUUGAAAGCUUAUGUUUUUCAUGAAACAAUGUUUCGAGUUUUCUAGUGUCUGAGAGAACCUAUGUUUUGGAUUAGCUUUUGCUAUAUGGUAUUUCAUAAACUCCCGUCGUUAACAAUGUCUUUUGUCUCGUAAUUUUUGUUCAAUUUAAAACGGCUUUGCUGAUUUUGAUUACUUUUUAUUUGCAUCUAUUCUAGCAUGGCAUAAAAGAUGGUUCUGAAGUUUCACGAAUUAGACUUGUAAGUUACAUUUCUAUCAAUUAAGAAAGUCUUAUGGAAAAGUAAGGCAGAAUGUAAAAAUAUGCUAUCAUUUACCAAUUAGUCGGUAGUGUAAAUGCUCUGAAACAAUCAUUCUACGUUCAGUGGUCAGAAUCAUUGUAAAGUUUUUGAAAUACAAAGAAAGAGGAGAAGGUAAAC